ACUGUGAGUUGAACUUCCAACAUAUGAUUUGGUAUCUUUGGAAAACUUCAGAUAUAAAGAUGUGUAGGGGUGAAGGAAAACACAGCAUGACUUUGUAAUAACCAGGUGAGGUUAAUUAGUAAAGCUAGAUUAAACCAAAUGCCUAAAUGUACUACAGUGACACAUUGACAUGUAAUGCUAACUGUGCUCUGAGAGAGACAGAGUUGUUUCUGUUUUAAAACAUGAAUAUUUGCACCUGCAUAAAACAUUGUCACAGUUGUUAAUUUAGUAGAAAUGCAAUGACCUCAACUGUGAUAACAUUUCUUUCACUGUAUUUUUCUAUAUUUCCAGGUAUUGAAACCCUCUGUGAUGGCAGACAGGAUGGAGCUCAGUGUUAUGGAGCUCUGGGAGGAACUGUGGUGCUCCAGCUGAUGGACAACGCCUCAGAAAUAUUUAGAUACCAAUGGUAUAAAAACAAAACCUUAAAAAUACUUGACGGGAGAAAGGAUAAGAUUGUGUAUAAUCUGAUGAAGGACAGAUCCGUCUUUACUCCCAGUAAUGGAACAUUUAGGAUAAAUGACCUGAUCAGGACUGAUCGUGCUGAAUAUACCCUUCAAAUCUUUGAUUCAAAUGGACAUGUAUCAGAACAGCGGACUCUUCAGUUGUCUAUUCAAGCUCCUGUGUCCUCUGUCCUGCUGGACUCUGAGUGUCUGUCCCAGGGAGAGAUGAGGGUGUCCUGCUCCUCUGAGGGAGGGGACAGUCCUCAGUACAGCUGGACUCUGGAUGGACACACACUGACAGACGCUCAGCUCCUCUCUGGAAAUAAUGAGACCAACAUCAUCACUCUGAAACAAGACGUCUCAGGACUACUGGUCUGCUCUGUCAGGAAUCACGUCAGUAAUGUCUCGAAAGAAGAGAAGAUACCUACGUGUGGUGAGACAGAACAUAACUAGAAGUAAACUUGAUAAUUGAUGAUUACACUGUACAUUAGUCACAGUUGAUCUAUUUGUUUGUCCGUAGGCUUCAUAUUC